CUGCAGACCCAGCCACACCCCCAAUUUUCUGCUUACCCAAGCCUGCAAGAACUCGGCAAGAACUUACACAAUUGUACAAGCAAGUAGACUAGCCUAGCUUAAAUAGCUGACACCAAGACAGAGCUGAAAUGACAUCCCUGCCACCUCUGCCAAGGAUUAGUUUCACCAGAACCCACACUCUGAGCAAAGUAGGUCACCAUGGGGGCUGGGGGCUAGUCCUCAGAGGAACCACUUGUGAACUGGAGGGGAACCUGAAAGUGUACACCUGUCAAGUAGAGGACGUGACUGAGGGCGGGGAAGCACAGGAACAAGGUAUUCAAAAAGGCGAUCAGAUCGCAAGCAUAGACGAUAUUCAAGUCAGAGAUCUCGACCAUUCUAGAGUUGUGAAACUAUUCCAGCUCAGAGACAGGCUCAAGCUCACAAUCCUGCCACCACACAUGCUGUCCUCAGGGCAACAGAUCCGAGUGACAAAACACAACUCUUCUUCAGUACAUUCGAUUUGGGCACUUAUGAACAACCUCUGCAGCCUCGAAAUAAUAGGAAUCAACUUAAGCAAGUGUGGUGUUUUCCUGGGGACCUUGAUAAGCCUGAAGAGCUUGUCACUCUGCCACUGCUCCCUGUCAUCACUGGUGCCACUCAGAGGACUACAGAUGUUGAAGAGGGUGAGCUGCCUUUCCCUGGCUCAUAACUACUUAGCUGAUGAUGCAUUCACAGAUGGCUGUGGUCUCCAGCAUCUAAUCAAUUUAAAGAAACUUGAUUUGAGUCGAAACUUGCUGAGUGCUUUUCCAGAUGUCCUAUACAAACUAACAAGGUUAGAGGUCUUAGUGAUUGUGGACAAUAAUCUAUCAACCAUCCCAGACACACUAGCCAGUCUAACGUCCCUUCACACUUUAUGUUUGGAUGGCAAUCUAAUUAAUGAUGUGGACAAUAUAACAAGAUCACUACCUUUGUUAUGCAAAUUAUCCAUUUCAGACAAUCGCUUGGAAUGUGAGCCUGAAGUAAUAAAGAACGGUCACUACCAAAUAACAGGUAUUGAGAAGAAUCCUUACACCAGGAGCCAGGAUGAUCCCAGGAGUGAGCCAACACUGAGGAGAACACUUAGCGUACGGGGACCAGUUUUUAUGAAAAAGCAUGACUUUACUGCCCCAAAUUAGUUACAUUAUGAACAACUUUUUUAAACCACAUGGAUGAUAUCAGGAGCACUUGAUGAUAUAUAAAUGAGUAAAUCAAGUAAACACACAACCAGAUUCAGUAAUAAAAUGAAAAGAGGUGGAAACCAUCAUCUUAAUUGAAAAUAGAAAAAUCAAGAUUGUAGUGGCACUUUCUGAUGCCGAGGGAAAUCGUUCUCCAAUACAUCGAUCUUCACACCUCUGCUGGACAGAGACACCAGUGCAUCCAGUGAAACGCGAGUGCCUUGAACACACAGCUCCUGUAACAAGGGACAGUACUCUUUGAAGGUUUGGACAGUACUAUUCUUGAUAGAGGGGACAUACAACAGGUGAGCUGACUCUAGCUUGCUCCAUUGUCUCAGAGCGUGCUCCAAAUAUGCACAUUUAAGCUGAGAGCAGUAGGAAACCUGCAGAAAUUCCAUCAUAGUUUAAGCACACAGUUACACGUGCAGGUUGGUGCUGCCAUGAGCUACAAAAAUUCCUGCUCUCACUUACAUCCAGUGUAGUUAAAUUUGGAGAGUUGUUUCCCAAUUGAAGGAGAUCAAUGCCAUCAUAUCUUGCCAGCCGAAGAGAGAGACGUUGUAGACUUGUGUACUGAAUGUUCGGCCGCAAAAAACUGGUAAACAGUUUCUUCCAAUCACUACUUUGAAGGUUCUCCAGAACAAGCUUUCUGAUGGUUAAUAAGUUCUCGGAAACAUUAGGUAAAGAGCAGUCUGGAAUGUGCACACCCUUUAAACAGUAUUCGAACAAUUUGCAAUUAGAGCUUGAUAAACUUGUCAGUAGAGUCAAUAAUUUAUUUGCAGUGAGCGAAUCAGAAUGUUGAAUUUCAAUUGACAAUUUCUUCAGGCAUCGGCAAUUUCGGAGAAUUGUAAUAGUUCGACCAAACUGCUCUGUGCGCAACCAUUGUUUAUUGAGGGAUAGCUCCUUUAGCCUUUCCUCAAAAUAAGUUCUGCACAAGAGGUAGAAGGUCUUGCAAACAGAUCUCAGCUCCCAAACCUCUUCCACACUCAGUUGGUCCAAUAUGCUGUGAACAAUUGGCUGAGGAACAUUGAAGAUACUUUCCAUUCCUCCAGCUGAAAUCACUGACAAGCAGCCUCAGUCUCUGCUUCAGCUACCUUACUGGGCUAACUCUGGGUGCCGGUGGGCUGUAAUAACAGUAUGACUGUAAACUGGGCCAGCUAAGCUAGCUGUGUAGCUAGCUGGAAUCAACAUGACCGACACGCCCACCUAUCGAUAGAUGGGCGUGUCAGGACGACCACUUCAAUGCCACUUUGCCUUAUCACAUGUGUUAUCUCUCACAGAAGAAGCAGACAAGACCAGAAGCUAGCUUCCAACUACAGUACAGUAUAGUGCCUAGUUCUUACCCAAGAAGGAGCCUACCUCAAAAAAGAUUCACCUCCUCUUACUAGAUAUUAACUUGUGCCUUAUUAGACUAAA